CGCGUGUUGAUGUCUUUAAGCUGAGAAGGGCAUGUGUAAGAGUUGAGUGGAGGUUGACUUCUUUUAUAAUCUUCCCUGCCCCGGUAAGUGCUUGUAGUAUACAUCGUCUUUCAUCUUUUUCGUCUUCAGCUCAAGCAACAUAAUGGUCGUCCAACUCUCCUACCGCAAGUCCCUCCGCUGGGUUCCCGGUGAGCCCUCCGAGCCAACCUCAACCCUCGUCCUCGACGUCGGCAGCUACUUCGUCGACCUCCGCAUCUUGAAAUCCGAUGGCAGCAUCGACUGGGCCAUGGCCGGAAAACGCACAAUUCUCUCCGAGUCACCGCUAAAAUGCCAGUGGGCAAAAGAAAUCUGCUCCCAAAAUACCGAAGCCCACGACGACAUUGGCGAGUUCGAAGACCUGCCCAACGGCGAUGCAUUAGAGAAAGGUUCAAUGCCUAAUCCUGAUAACAACGAUGAGAUCCAAGCAUACGAAGAAGUCUGGGGAGGCAUCGAUGUUCCUUCUUCCGACGAGCCAGCCUGGAUUCUGAGGAGUAAGGAUGAUAAUGGCAUUACGUUUGUGGGAAAGGUGGGAGAAUAUUUUCAAGUGUUGAGGAAGAGAGGGGAAGGGCCGUUUGAUGCGUUGAGAGAGCAGAAAGAAGGUGAUAAGUGGGUAGAAAAGUAUGCUGUUGGUGAAAAACUGCCUUCGAUCAAGGAGUUGGGGGAGGGAGUUUUCGACACCAAGAGCUGGAGACAAGAUACCGAUGUCGAGGUUGCCGGAGUAAAAUACACAGUCUACGCUCUGGAAAAGGCAUGAGCUUCCAGACAUAGAAAGAAACGAACACAGAUUUAUUGCAAAGGCUAUCUUAUACAACCUUCUCGAAAGCCAACCGACAUUUCUGACCCUUGGGUCUGCUAGAAAUGAUCUGAUCAUCCAAU